AUGGGCCAGAGCGAGGUCUUGUCCGCCCCCGCGGGCGCGCCGGUGUUCUCCGCGUCGUUGGCGGAGGCGAAAGCGCGCGCGAGGCAGUUCUACCGCGAGCUGUGCCGCGAGGUCCCGUGGGUGAUGCGCACGUACUGGCUCGAGGAAGUCACCACGCCGGCCAAGUUCCGCGCGCAGCUCGCGAACGAGUUCCGCAGGCGCGUUCUAUACACUGGUCCCCAUACGACCCCAGUCAUCGACGUGAUGCUCUUCAAAGCGAACCAAGAGAUGGUCACGGUGGCCGCGCAUCACUUCCAGCGACAUCACCUGAUCACGAAGUACGUCGCCCCGGAAUCGAACGUGAUCGAUAAGGCGCGCGCGAGAGGGGAGAAGCCGAAGAGCGCGUUUUUGAGCGCGUUCUUGGGGGGGAAGGCGACGGAGCCGAACGGGGGGAUCCCGAAGGAUUUCUGA